AUGAUUGAUACAUACAAUUAGGUUGAUAUUAAAGGAAUAGAGUUUGACUGGAGUGCAAGGACUCUACCCAUAGGGGAUUAAUAACUUUUAAUAGCCUAAAAUAUAAGAGGGUAUGAUUAGUUAUUCUAAAUCCAAUUAAUGAUAUUAGACAUAAUGAAAAAUGAAGUUGUAAGAGAAAUAACGAUAGGAGGAAUAGAGGAGAGCAACUUUUGCCCAGAUAUAAUCAUUAUUAAUAAUUCUAUAUUUAUUGCUUUCGUUAGGGAAAGAGGAAGUGUUCUUCAUGUUUUGAUGAAAAAAUAUAGCUUAUCUCUUGAAGAAUUGAAUGUAGAAUUAAAUUUAGGAAGUACUAUUUAAGAAGUAAAAAUUAUAUAAACAAUUCAAUAUAUUUAACUUAGUCAGUUAAAUUAAAAUUUAUUUUCAAUUAAAUGGUAUUCAUAAGGAAAAGAAUAUCCUACUAAGCAAUGGAAUAUGGUAUUGUAUAAUCCAACAACAGGAGUCAAAGGUGAGAAAAUAAUAUUACCAGAUAGCGACUUUAUAUCAGUAGCAUAAAAUAAAUUGGGAGUUAUUGCUAUAGCAUAAUCUAAUACUAACAAAAUUAUAUUAUCAAAAUUAUAUGAAGGUAAAUUAACUACAAGAUCAAUUCCAUCAUCUAUAUAAUAUUAUAAUCAACAGAAAGUAAAAAUAAAUAGUUUAUCAACAAAUGAAUUUGUUGUUCUUAGAUGGACAAAUUAAUUAGACUUUAUAAUUAGAAGAUUUGAUAAAUAUUUUGAAGGAUCUCAAAAUCCAUUUACAAUUUAAACUAAAGAAUUUUGUAGUGUUGAUAAAAUUCAAUAGAUUGAUGUAAGGUUUACAGAUUCACAAUUAAUUUUAGUAAGUAAAUGUUAUUAGGAGAUAAAAUUAUAAUAAAUUGAUUUAUUAAAUAUUUAAAAUAAUUAAUACAUUACAGAAUAAUAUAGAUAGAUAGAGAUUAAAAAUAAAUAAAAUAUAUAAUCUAUAUAUAUUGAUUAUAUUGAUCAUAAUAGAUUACUACUAAGAUGGUUUACUCCAAUGUAUUAUUACAAUGAAUUGAAAGUUCAAUUAAUAGAUAUGAAUUUAAAAAUUAAUGAAUGUAUAUUAAAUUGUGAUAAAUGUGAUAACAGAUUUAGAUGUCAAGAAUGUAAAUAAAAUUAUCAAUUGGAUACUAUUAAAAAUCAAUGUAAUCCUAUAUGUCCUAUUAAUUGUUUAUCUUGUUCUGAUGCUUCUUAUUGUGAUAAAUGUAAAUUGGGAUAUUAAUAUACAAAAGAAAACUUAUGUGUAAAUCCAACGAAUGAUUUUAUGGAACUUAAAGUAAGUAGAGAAUUAGAAAGUAAGGGUAAAGCGAAAAUAAUUAAUAAAGAUUUUAAUAUUAUUGUUAUUUAUAGUAUUUAUUAAAAUGAUAAACAAUAAUAUUUGGUCAUUAGAAAAUUAGACAUUCAAGGAUAAUUAUUAAUGAAAGUAAUACUAGAGAAUCAAAAAGAUCUAUAAACAUUACUUGAUUAUGAUAUAGCUGAUUCUUUAGUAGAUGAUAUCUUUUAUAUAUUAAUUAAAUGGGUUUUAAUUGAUGGAUCAACAAAAACAAUUAAUUACUCAUAUAAUUUAGAAGAUUUAACAAUUAAAGGAGAAACUUUGAUAACAGAAGCAUCACCAAUAAUGGUGGGAGAUCAAAUUAAAAUAAUUAAUAAUAAAAAUUAGAAUAUUUUUAUUUUCUAUUUUACUAUUCAAAAUAAUUUAUACUAUCUUUUCUUUAUCAAAAUUGAUUCAAAUGGUAUUUAAACUAAAUCUGAUUAUUAAAUUUAUUUUGGAAAAGAUAAUUUGGAGAUUACAUCAUAUAGGAAUUCAAUUGGUGAUAAUUAUAUAACACUCCUAAAUGAUGAUACUUAUUAUUCGUGUUUAGUUCUGGACACAAGAUUAAGUAUUAGUAAUCUGAGAAAUCAAGAUAGAACUGAAUUCUUUUCAUAAAAGAUAGUUUAAAUUGAUAAAAUUUCAUUGUAUGUAGGUCAUGAUGCUUAUUUGAAUAAGUAAUUAUAUUUAAAUAAUACCGAAAACUUUAAAAUUUAAAUUACAUAAUCAUCAAGAUAUCAAUAAAAUCAUACAUUCAUUUAGGUUAGUGAAAAUGAUAUAAUUAUGGUAUGGUCUGGAAUUUCAAAUAUUUAAUAAAAAAAUCCAAUAUCUCAUAUUUAUAUUUAAGGUUUCUCUAAAAAAACUAAUUAGAUUACUAAUUUAAAAUCAUUUACUUGUUCUUCUGCUUGUUUUUAAUGUUCAGAAACUGGAGUAUGUUUAUAAUGUAAGAAUAGUAAUUAUGUAUUGUAUAAUGGUAAAUGUAAAUUAUAAUGUAUUAAUAAUUGUGAUUAUUGUUCAGUUGAGAAUGAAUGUUUAAAAUGUAAAUUAAAUUAUUUCUUGGAUUCAUAAUCUUAAUGUAUCUAAACAGAAAAAAAUUAUAUUGUAUAAAAAUAAGAUUAUUUAUAUCCUACAAUAUUCUAAACUAAUGAUGGUAUAGUAUCUAUUGUAUCAAUUAAAAGAAAUGGUACUAAAAAUGAGGUUGUUUAUGAAGAAUUUGAUAGAUAAGGAUAAUCAAUAUCAGGAGAAAGAAGAAUAUCAAAUGAUAGUAAUUUGACAGUAUUAUUCUAAUAACCUAAAUUGAUUAAAUAAGAUUAAUUUAUUCUUAUUAGUUAUUUAGUAAGAGAUGAAAUUAAUAAUUUAUAAAUAAAAGCAAUAUUUGUUAUUUUAGAUAAUUAAUAUGAGAUAAUGUAAAAUAAUGUAUCAAUAACAUUAAAUUAAGAUAUCUUAAUUGAUAUAUUAAAGAUUGAUAAUUAACUUUAUAUAGUUUAUGACAGUACCUAUGGUAGCUAAACACUAUAUCUAUUUAUUUAAACAUUUACAAUAAAAAAUGGAUUGAUGACGGCAGAAACUUAGAGAUAUUAUGGAGAUGUGUUUGUUUUAACAAAGAGAUAUAAAAAUUUAAGAUUAGAACAUUUAAUCAAUUAAAAUAAGAUAUCAAUAUAAUAUACUGAAUAAGAUGCUAUAGAUUAAAUAGUUUAUUUAUUUGAUUAUGUUGAAAUAAAAUUAACAAAAUCUACAAUUACUAGUUAUUAUGUUAACUAUAAUUAUUAUUAACAAGUAUUUACAGUUUUGUACAAAGUUAUGAGCAAUCAGAAAUUAAAUUUGUAAUUUUUAAAUCAAAGAGGAAAACUUUUAAACACAUAACCUCUAGAAUCAAUAAAUGAAUUAUCUAAAGUACAAGUUGUAAAAACAAAUUCCAACAUUUAUCUAUUAUAUGCUGAAUCCUCUGAAUAAAAUAUAAUGAAUAUUAAUGUUAAAUAAUAUGAUUUAAAUGGAAUCAUAAUAGAUGAAACUUAGAUAAAUUCAAAUGAAUAAUCUAUAGAUUAUUUAUAUGGUAAUUUUCAAUAAAAUGAAUUCUUUUAUAUAACAUGGAGUUCUAUUAAGAAUAGAAAGUCAUAUAAGAUGAGAUUAAAUUAAAAAUUAUAAAAAAUCCCAUUUGAUGACUAAAUAUGUAUGUCUCAUUGUGGAGAUUGUUCCAACAAUGUUGAUAUUAUGUGUACUUAAUGUUUAGAUGGAUAUCAAUUUAAUUAAGAAAAAUUGAUAUGUUCACCUAUUUGUUCAAAUAAUUGUUAAAAUUGUAUACAGCCUUAUACAUGUGAUUAUUGCAAUAAUAAUUUUAAAUAUGUAGAUAAUAAAUGCUUAAAUGUUACUGAAUAUCAAUUAGAAAUACCAAUUUGUCAAUAAACAUGUAGUGGAAUAGGUUCAAUAUUGACUUUUAAUGAUAAUUCUAUGAUAACUACCUAUUAUAAUUAUAAAAAUUAAAUGCAUAGUUUAGAUGCAAAUGUAUAUUAAUUAGAAUCUAGUGUUAUUACUAUUAAAUAAUUAAUUUCUUCAGAAUAAGUAAUUCCUUAUCACAGAAUUUAUGAAUAUGAAUCUAAAAAGUUUGCACUUAUAUGGUUAAGUGGAAAUUGUUAAGUUUCUUGUAAAAUGAUGAUAUAAUUAUUCCAAAGUAGCUUUGUUGUCAUAACAAAUCCAAUUGAAUUAAGAAUGAUUAAAGUAGUUAAUAUAAAUGAAUUCCAAAUUCAGAUCAAAAUAUUUAAUACCAAUUUUAUAAUAGUUUGGACUGAAGUAGAUGAUAAUUCUGUUUAUUAGACAUAUGUUGGAAUUUAUAAUAUUAAUGAUGGAUUUUCAAUAAAAUAAAAUAUAAAUGAAAAUUAAGAUGAUAUCUCAAUAAAUCCUUAAUUAUUGAUCUAGACCUCUUCAUAUUAAAUAAUCUAUUUAAAGAAUAAUUAUAUUAUAAAUUCAUUAACAAUAGAUAGUACAACUACAAAAUACAAACAAUUAUAUUAGAGUACAAAUUAGAUUGAUUCUAUUUCCUCAGACAAUAUUGAUAGUAGUGGAUUAGUUAUAGGUUGGAUAGAAAGUGAAAUUAAUUAAUUAGGAAUGUAAAAUUAUUAUCUCAAUGUUUAAUGGUUUGAUAGAUAAUUGAAUUAAUAAGCAGUUAAAAGAACUGCUGUAAGCUCAUAUAAUUAAAUUAAGAAUCUAAAUCUUAAUUAUAUUUCUCCAUUAAUAUAAUCAACUUAUGUAUAAAUUGAAAAGGGAGAAUUGCAAAGAUUACGUCAAUAUUUUAUAAAUAUAAAUUUUCUAAAAUAUGGAUCAACUUAAGAUUUGUUGACAUCUCCAUUAAAUAUUUUAAGUUAAUAUUAAGCUAAUACAAAAAUAUUAACUUAUGUAGACCCACGAAAUUUGAUGUCAUAUGUUGUAUUUUAAGGAAUAAUGAAUAAUGUUAAUUAUAUAUUCUUUAUUGAAAAGAAAGGAUAAUAAUCAUAUUAAGAUAAUUGUGAAACUAAUUGUUUCUAUUGUAAUAAUAAAAAUAUAUGUGUAAUUUGUAAAUAAGGGUAUUCAUUAUAAAAUAAUAAAUGUUCUUAGAAAUUACCAGAUAAUUGUGCAACAAGUAGUUAUGGUAGAUGUUCAUAAUGUGUUCUUGGAUAUUCAGUAACAUCAGAUUAUAAAUGCUAACUUAGUGAUUCAAAAUAUAAAGAAAUUAAAAUGAGUUAUUAUCCAGCUUAAAGUAGAUAGAGAUUGUCUACAUUAUCAAACGGAGAUUAUGUUGUUGUAUGGUCAACAUAAUUUUAUCAGAAUGAAGGAACUGGAAUUUACAUGUCAUUAUAUAAUUCAUAAGGAGUUUAAUUGAAAGAUUAAAUGAGAAUUACUGAAUCAUCAGCAGGAAUUUAAUAAUAUCCUGAUGUUUAAGUAAUGAAUAACGAUGAAAUAGUAGUUGUUUGGGUGGAUGGUAAUAUUAAAGUAAAUGCUGAUGUAAAGAUGACAAGAUUUGAUAGAGAUUUCUUAAGAAUUGGAAAUGAAAUUACUAUAUAAUCAGAUAUUCAUCUUUAUUAUGCUUAAUCAUUUGAUACACCAGUAGUCAUUCAAUAGAUUAUAAAUGGGUUUGUUAUAGUUUGGGCAGAAUAAGGAAAUCAGAAAUAAAUAUCACUUAUAACUAAAUUCUUUGACAAUGAUAAUAAUUUACUUAAUACAUAAAUUGUUACUGAAAAUGAAUCAAUAAUAAAUGAACCAGUUGUAGCAUCUACUUAAUCAAUUAUUGUUAUAGCUUGGUAAACCAAUAAAGGAAUAUUCGCUAAUUCAUAUAGCUUAAAUCAAUUUUUAAUAGAUAGAGUAUAAUUAUCAACUACAGGAGAAGCUCCAGCAAUUACAUCUUUAGAUAAUUACAUAAUUAUUGCUUGGAAAGAGUAUGUAAUUGAUGAAAAUGGUUUCAUGAGUUAGAAAAUAAGAUUUAGAAAAAUAUCAACAGAUUUAAAUUAAUAUGAAGUUUAAAAUCAUUUUGGUAUAUCAUAAGAGAAUCUAGAUAAUCCUGAUGUGAUUAAAAUAGAAAAUGGAUUUGCUAUUAUUGCUGAAAGUGUAUCAACACUAGAUGAUUAAAUUAGAACAAUCUAAUUGUAAUUAUUUAAUUUGGAUGGUUCACCUAAAUCACUACCUAUUAUUGUCUAUUCUGUUUCUAAUUAAUAUCCACAUCAUCCUUAAUUAAUAAGUUAACCAUAAGGAAAUUUCAUAGCAUCAUGGAUACUUAGUACUCUGAUAUCAUAAAUCUUAAGUGAUGAUGUGUACAUGAAGAGAUAUAAGAGUGAUGGCACCUAAUUAUCAUUGAAUAUAAUCAUUUGCUCAGAUAAUUGCUUGACUUGCUAAACUAGCGAUGUUUGCUAAUCUUGUAAGCAAGAUUAUAUUUUAUUAUCAAAUUUAUGUUAUCCAAAAAUAAAUAAUUGCGAAACUCAUUUAAUUGAAAAUUCAAUUAUCACUUGUAGUUAAUGUUUAUAAGGUUUUGAAUUGAUUAAAAACAAUUGCUAUCAAAUUAGUACUGUUUCUAAUGAAUAAAUAAUAGAAUUUGUAAAUGAUAAAACAUCUUAAAAUAUAUUCAAAGUUAUAACUUUUUCUAAUGGUGAUCUAUUAUAUAUAUGGAUCGGAGAUUAAGGAGUAAUGAGUCAAAGAUUUGAUAAGUAUGGUAAAAGAUAUUCUAAUCCUAAAAUAUUGUAAUUAUCUUCAUAAUGUACAAAUUGCAAAUAUUAUUUUGAUGUUUGUUAAUUGAAAUUUGAUGAGGAUCUAUUUGUAGUUUCUUACAAAAGUUCGUAUGAAACUUCUACAACUUUUAUAAAUAUUUUUAAUUUUAAUGAGGAAAAUAUAGCGUAUACUGUAAUUUAUUCAUAUUAAGGAACCCCCAAUUCUAUUAUCUAUUAAAAAUACUAGAAAUACAUGGUUAAAAUAGUAUUAUUGGAAAAUAUGAAAUUAGGGGUGAUUUAAAUGGUGAUGUAAUUGGAUAUUCCUAUUUUAGAAUUAGUUACUAUUCCAUUUUCUUUUGAAAGUCCAUUUAAAAUUAGUUUCACACCUUACUUAACCUAAAAAAUUCAAUUACUAACAUAUUCUUAAUUUAAAAACUCUUUAGAUUUCGAAAUUUAAUUUAAUGAUAAUGAACUAAGGCUCUAUUAGAAAAAUGAUCUAUCUAAUACUUAUGUAGAAACUAGUUUUGACAUCUUUGGGGUUAUAUUAAAUAAAAAUAAAAUAUAGAAAUCAAAUAAUCAGGUAGAAUCUAAAAUAUAUAAAUUGAAUUAAGAAAACUACUUAAUUGUUUGGACAACCAUUGAAUCAUUUAAAUAUGAAAUAUACUAUUAGAUUAUACAAUAAGAUGGAAUUAUAUUAAAAAGUUCUUAGAAACUCUCAAUUGGAAGUGAAAUUUAUAAACUUGAUUUAUAAAUUAAUAUGCUUUCUAAUUCAAUAUUGAUAUCUUGGAGAGAAGGAUCACAGUAUUAAGAUAUGAGUUUGAAUUCUGUUUAUAAAGGAAUUCUGAUAUCUAAACAAUCAUAUUUAUAGAUGGGUGAAAUCAUUUCAAUCAAUUAAUAUAAUGUUUAUCUAAAAUCAUUGGGUAAACUUGAAGUAAUUGAAUUACAAAAUGAAGAUAUAAUAAUUAACAUAAUGUUUUAUAACAUUUUGGCUCAAACAUAAAUGAUUAUCUCAUACAAAUUUAAUUAAAUGGGUGAAAAGUUACAAUUUUCUUAGAUGAGGUGCGGAUAUGCUUGCUAAGAAUGUAAUUAUUAAGGACUUUGUCUCAAAUGCACAAAUCCUGAUUUAUUUAUAUUAUAAGUUGAUGGAAAUUGUGUAAAAAAACCUCAAAAUUGUGUCAAUUUCUAAGCCAAUUGUCUAGAUUGUCUUAAUGGUUUUUACAAAACCUAAUAUCUUACUUGUGAGAGAAUUAAUCAACAUGUUGAAACAACAAUUCCUUUGGAUUAUUAAAGCUACUAUAGCCAAUACUUCUUCUAUUAGAUUGCCACAUACUCAACUGGUAAUUUCGUGGUUGUAGGUUUUAGAGAGGAGAAAGUUAUUGAACUUAAUUAUUAUUUGAGUAAUGGAACUUCUUAAAUUCAAAAACUUAAAAUUAUAAAUCUUAUAAAUAUUUCUAGAAUUAAUGAUGUGUCCAUCACUAUUGAUGAGAAUAACUAACUUACAAUAUUUUAUUCCGUAUUACCUAUCGUCUAUUCAGAUAAGAAUACUUAUUACUAUUAAUAGUUUGAUGUCAACUUUAAUAAUCUUACAGAACCUACCUUACUUUAUACUGGUUUACAAUUUUGGGAAACUACAACAAUUAAAGCAAAAAUUCUCAAUGGAGGAUAAUUUGCAGUAUUAAUUAAGAGUAGAUUUGAUAUUUAUAUUUAUAUUAUGAAAUCAAACUACGAAUUUUUGGCGGAUCUAAAACAACCUUUUAGCGAAAACUAUGACUUGACUUCAAACGGAGAAUUAAUUGCGUUUGCAUACACAAAGGAUAAAAUAACUGUCCUUAAUGUAUUUGAUUUACAAUUAAAAUUAAUUUAACAUGAAAUUAUUAAUGAUGGAGGAUUAGUUAAAUUGACAACUGAUUCACUUAAAUAAUUCAUUAUCGUAACUAAUUAUUAAAUCAAUAUCUUUGCUUAAGGUUUAAUUAGGUAAUCCUAUAAUACUACAAUGCAAAGUUUAUACCCAAUACAUAUAGCAAUAAGUGAUAUAAAUGAAAUUGUCAUUCUAUCAUUCUAAAAGAAUUCCAAAUCCUAUCAUUUAAUGUAUUUUUCAAUGUAAGGGCAACUAAAAAACUAAGUUUAAGUAAAUAUGAAUUAUACAGAAAUUCCUAUACAAUAUUGUUGGUUAAUGAAGUUGUAAAAUAAUAAUUUUAUUGUAUUCUUUCAUGCAGGAAGUGUACUUUAUAAUUGGAAAUUAAAUUUUGCAAGGUUUGAUUAAACAGGAUUGUCUAGGCCUAUAAACGAUAUUAUAUGUCCUCAAGGUUGUGUCUCUUGCGUAACAUCUUCAAUAUGUGAUAUUUGCGGUUUUGGCUACUAAAAAAAUUAUGAUACUUUAGUUUGUGAACAAGUCUGUUCAUAAGUUGAGUGCAGCAAAUGCAAGUAUAGUUAAUGUGACGAAUGUUUGAAUGGAUACUAAUUUAAUGAAUAAGGAUACUGUGUUAAAAUUGAUUAAUAAAUUGAACAACCCAAAGAUCCUUAUAAUCCAAAUUAUGAAGAAGAAGUGAAAGAUCCAAAUAGUCCAGCAGAUCCGAAAGAUCCAAUAGACCCUAUUGAUAUAAAAGAUCCAGUCGAUCCAACAGAUCCUACAAAUCCAACUGAUCCAACAGAUCCAACAGAUCCUACAAAUCCAACUGAUCCAACAGAUCCUACAAAUCCAACAGACCCUACAGAUCCUACAAAUCCAACUGAUCCAACAGAUCCAACAGACCCUACAGAUCCUACAAAUCCAACUGAUCCAACAGAUCCAACAGAUCCUACAAAUCCAACUGAUCCAACAGAUCCUACAAAUCCAACAGACCCUACAGAUCCUACAAAUCCAACUGAUCCAACAGAUCCAACAGACCCUACAGAUCCAACAGAUCCUACAGAUCCUACUGAUCCUACAGAUCCAACAGACCCUACAGAUCCUACAAAUCCAACUGAUCCAACAGAUCCUACAGACCCUACAGAUCCAACAGAUCCUACAGAUCCUACUGAUCCUACAGAUCCAACAGAUCCUACUGAUCCAACAGACCCUACAGAUCCAACAGAUCCAACAGAUCCAACCGAUCCUACAGAUCCUACAAAUCCAACUGAUCCAACCGAUCCUACAGAUCCAACUGAUCCAACAGAUCCAACAAAUCCAACUGAUCCAACAGAUCCAACCGAUCCUACAGAUCCAACAGACCCUACAGAUCCUACAAAUCCAACUGAUCCAACAGAUCCUACAGACCCUACAGAUCCAACAGAUCCUACAGAUCCUACUGAUCCUACAGAUCCAACAGAUCCUACUGAUCCAACAGACCCUACAGAUCCAACAGAUCCAACCGAUCCAACUGAUCCAACUGAUCCAACAGAUCCAACUGAUCCAACUGAUCCAACAGAUCCUACCGAUCCUACUGAUCCUACAGAUCCAACAGAUCCUACAGAUCCAACAGAUCCUACAGAUCCUACUGAUCCUACAGAUCCAACAGAUCCUACUGAUCCAACAGACCCUACAGAUCCAACAGAUCCAACCGAUCCUACUGAUCCAACAGAUCCAACCGAUCCUACAGAUCCAACUGAUCCAACUGAUCCAACAGAUCCUACCGAUCCUACAGAUCCUACAGAUCCAACAGAUCCUACAAAUCCUAAUAUCCCAAUCGAUAUAGGAACUAUUGAACAUCCAAUCGAAGAGAAAUGCAACAUAUAAAUGCAGAAUAGACUAAUUAAUUUUUCUGAUAACAGAUAUGCUAUCAUUUACAUUUGUAAUGAAUAUUUUAGGGCCAAAUUAUUUAAUUAAGAUGGUUUAGAAAUAUCUAGUUUUACCAUGAUGAUUGAAAUCGUUUUUAUUUUUGAUACUGUUUUAGUUGAAGAUCAAAUUGUUUUAGCAUUCGUUUAUAGAAGUAGACUAUAAUAAUGCCAAUUUUUCAAAAUUGAUCCUAGUUUCACACUUAUUAUUCCUGAAUUUGAGAGAAAUUAUAAUUCUGAGAUUUUAGAUAUUAAAAUUCAACCUUUGAUUAACAAUUUUGCUAUUUUAAUCUCAAAUAAUAUUGAAUUUGGAUUUGACUAAACAUUAAUGAAUUGCUAUACCUAAACCCUAACAAUUUAUGAUAAACAUUUUUCAUAAAAUGCUGAAAAAAUUAAUUUCAAUUAUCCUGAAGGUCUUACAUAGAAUAAUUGUAAUUAAAGCAAAAUAUCUGAAAUUAAAGUUGUUGAAAAUAUCAUCUAUGCAUUAUCAAUCAGUUCAUCACAAGGAUAAAUAUAAGCUUUAGAUAGUUAUGGAACAAUUCAAAAUACUUAUUAAAUAGAUAUUCCUAAUAUUGAAAAAAUAAAAUUUGAAAUUAAUUAAGACAAUAUUAUUCUUUUAUAUAAGACUUUUGAGGCAUAAGAUUGGACUUUAAGAAUUUGUGAUAAAUACUUAAUUAUCAUUUUUAUUAAAGUUAAUUUUAUUCCUGGUAACUCAGAUAUUCAAUUAGCUAUUGUUGCUAAUAAUUUAUUCAUAUAAUGGACUUAAAAUGAUAAUCUUAUGAGUUCCUAAUACGAAUUCUUAGAUUUAUAAGGAAAUUAACUUUCAACAGGAGUCAUAUAGAGUGAUAUUUAGAUUAGUAGUACUUAAUCAAUUGUUUUAAUGAAUACUUAUGUUGGGUUUACUUGGACUAAACUAAAUGAAGAUGGUCAAUGGGAUAUCUCAUAUGCUGUUAUGAAUUAAAAUGGGUAAUUUGUUAAUACGAUGGAGAUCUAAUGUUCUGAAAAUUGCUUAUAAUGUAUUAAUUUUAAAUAAUGUACAAUGUGUGAAACUAAUUUUGUUAUUCAAGAAAUUAGUUAUAACAACAACUAUUGUUAAAAAUAAUGUGAUUCUAAUUGUUCUUCUUGUGAUUAGAUGGGAGAUUGUUAAGCUUGUAAAGAUUAUUACUUUGUUGAAAAUGGUUAAUGCAUUUUAGAUGAAGUAUAAGAGAAAGCAAUUAGAAUUAAUUAGGAAGCAUAAAAAAUAUUAUUAAAUUAAGAGGGGGCAAAAUUUAGUGAUGGCUCAAUAAUUUUGGUUUGGUCAAGUUAUUCUUAAGAUGGUGAUGAUUGGGGAGUAUUUGCUCAAUUAAUUGAUAAUUUUGGGGUUAAAAUUGGAGACAAUAUAUAAAUUAAUACUAAUUCUAAAGGGGCUCAGUGUCUUCCAAAAGUCAUAGUAUUAUAAGAUGAUACAGUUGUUAUCAUAUUUUUUGAUGGAAAUCCUUAUUUAAAUGAAGCAAUAAUAAAAGCUUAAAAAUUUGAUAAGCAAAUGCAAAGAAUUGGAAAUGAAUUUGAUGUUGGUACAACUUAAUUUUAUUCAUAUAAUAUGUUUAAUCAUAAAUAUAUACAAGCGUUAAGCUUAUAAAAUGGAGGAUAUGUUAUUGGAUUUUUUAAAUAGGCAUAUUAAAUGAUGGAUUAUAUUAAUUUAAGCUUUUAUGAUUCAUCCAAUCACUUAGUAAUUCAAAAAAGAAUUGAAGGAAUAUAUGUUUUUAACUAAAUUCCUUUUGAUUUAGCUAAAACAGAUAUUAAUAUGGCCAUAUUUUAUAUUUCAAUUGAUCAUCAAAAGAGAGUUCAAUUGUAUUCAUUUGACGGAAAAUUAUUAUUAACAAAAUAAUUUGAUUAAUUUAAUAUUUUCCCACAUGAGUAAAUUAUUUUAGGGCAUACAAAUGAUUUUUACGCAAUAGGAUAUGUUUUCUUUUAAGAAAAUACUAGAAUAAUUUAAGUGUUAUUAUUUAAUAAACAAUUUGAUGAAUUAGGAGAUCCUUUAACAAUUAGAUAAGUAGAACAUAAUAUACCAUAAAUUUCAAUGAAUGAAGGUGAUUAAGGAAUAUACUUAAUAAUUCAAUUGAAUAUUAAUUCUUUUAAAUUUUAAGAGAUGUAUUUCAUAAAGGACCAAUAAUAUUCUUUAGUAAAUAAAUUCUAUAUAAAUACUUUUCGAUUUUUUUCAUUCAAUUAUGACGAAUAUAUUUAGAUUAUUCCAUCAUUGAAUUAUUCAUACUUUCUACUAUGGACAAAAGGAAAUUUAUUUAAUAUUCAGGAUAAAAUUAAUUAUUAUUUUUAGCUUUUAUCAUAAGAUAAAUAAAUAAUAGCAUAAAAUUAGAUAGUUUGUUCAUUAAAUUGUUAGUAAUGUUAAGAUUAAACUAUUUGUGAUUAAUGUCUUAGUAAUUAUUAUAAAAUUGAAAAUAAUCUUUGUCAUCCUCUUUGUGAGGAAGGUUGUUUAUACUGUAAUUUUCCCUAUAUUUGUAAUUUAUGUUAAAAGGGUUAUUAUUUAAAGGCAGAAGGAAAAUGUUAUGAAAUUCCUAUUUAAUCAUAGCCUACAGUUUUAUAAGAAUAUGAAAGAUAUGAUAAUAUAUUUUAAGUAGAAACUGUAAAUGAAAUUGAAAAAGUUUAUUUAUCUUUUAGCAGUUAACUAAAUGUUAGAGUUUUGAUUGGAGAAUAAGUAGUUAAAACCUUUUCGGUUAUAUAAUAAACAAUAGAUUUUUAUAGAUUUAGAAAAACAUUUUAUUUUGAUGAAAAUAUCAUAUUAAUAUUCUAUUCUGAGAAUGAUGUCUAGGUAUAAAGAUAUGAUGUCAAUUCAAAUCUAAUAAGCUAAGAUAAAUUAGAUCUUUCAUAAUUUUCAGAUUUUUAAAUUUAAUAUGAUGCAUUAAUUUUAGAACCAAUAUUGGGUUAAUAAUAUAUCCUUACAUUUUAUCAAGUAACUACUAAUCCAAAUGACUCUAUGAAUCUUAACUAAUUAUGUUUCUAUUAUACUAAAUUAGAUUUAAGAUUAUAAAAAGUAGAAAAUGUUUAGAUCAUUUAUACCUUUUAAAAUAGAUUUCAUGUUCAUGUUGAAAAUAGAGAAAAUUAUUUUUAAUUCUCAGAGUUCAAUGGUGAGAGUUAUUAAAUAAAAAAAGAUACAAUUGAAGAAAUGUUCUGUUAUAAUAAAAGAGAAUAAAGCAUAGGUUAAUGUAAUUUACCUUUAUAAGAAAAUUGGAAUAUUAUUAAAAUAUCUCAUUUGGUAAAAAGUGAUUUACUUUUAGAUGAACUUAUCAUUAUUUAAGGUCAAUAUACGAUAGUAGAUGCAUAGGGAAAAGUUAUAAUGUAAACUACAAAUGUUUUAAGUUAAGGUUUAAAAAGAUAAUAAAUUCUUAAAGUUUUUUAAUAUAUCAACUCAUUUGCAAUUAUUAUUGAAGAAUUAAACAAUUCUAGGUUUUAUGAAUAAAGAUAUUUGGUUGCUUAAUAUAUAUAUAAUACUGGUUAAAAAAUUGGAGAUUAGAUAUAUAUAUGUUCUUAACCUUAUAAUAUUGUUGAGAUUACUUAAUAUUAAAAUGGAUUUAAAGUAUAUAUACAAAAGGAAGAAUGCGAUGAUUAAUAAAUAUGCACAAAUAAUUUAUACUAAAUGAUAUUUGAUAGAGAUAAUGAUCUACCAGAUCCAUCUGCCCUAUCAUAAAUAAUCAAUGACCCUGUUAAGGAUGGUAAAGCAAUUGAAGUAUUAGAAAAAUGUACUUAAGAAGAAAUUAAGGAACUGAUUAAAUUUUCUAAUAAUGAUUAUGCUAUAGUAUAUAUUUGUUAGAAUAUCUUAAGAAUCAGAAAAUUCAAUUAAGAUGGAUAAGAAAUAAAAUUUGUUGAAAUUACUUUAUAAAAUAUACAUCUAUUUGAUGUAACAGUAGUAGAUGAUCAAAUUUAUGUUAUUUUAGUUUAUGCAACAGAUAAAACAAUUAGUAAAAUAUAUAAAUUAGAUGAUAAUACAAAUACUUUAUUACCAUAACUGGAUAAAAAUUGUGAUUUAGAAAUUUUAGAUAUUAAAAUUGAAAAUAUAUCAAUGAAAUAUGUGAUAUUCAUAACAUGUUUGAAGAAUUAUGUAUUUGAUAAUGUAUCUUAAAUUGGACGUUCUUAAUCAUUAUUUGUUUAUGAUAAAUAAAAUUUGAAAAUCUUUGAAAAAAUAGAUAUUAAUAAUCCUGAUAUAUUUACAAUUAAUGAUUGUGAUAAAAAUAUCAUUUAGGCAAUUAAAGUUUUUGAUGGUUAUAUCUAUUUAAUAAAUGUUAAUUUAUCUUCAAUAAAAGCAAUAUAAUUAAAUGACUAUGGAGUUGUGUUCACUACAGUUACUGUGAAUAUACCAAAUAUCUCCAAAGUCAAAUUUGAAAUGAGUAGAAAUUUAAUUGUAUACAUGUAUUAAAUGUAUGGUUAAAAAAGUUGGUUCUUAAAUCUUUGUCAUGAAUUUAGCUAAUGCUUUUAUAAUGGUUAAUAGUAUUUGUAAGGAGUCUAAGAUUUCUCUAUAGCAGUAUUCUAUAAUACAUUUGUUAUCUCCUAUAGUGAGAAAUCAAACAAGAAACUUAUUUAUAAAAUAGUAGAUAAUCAAUAAUAGAUAACUUUUUCAGGAUACAUUUUGAUUGAUUCAUAAAUAAGUAGACCAAUAUUAGUAAACUUUAAUAAUUAAUAAAUUGGAUUUGCAUGGGAAUUUAAAAAUAAUGAAGCAUAAUGGGGAUUAUAAUUAUCAAUAAUCAAUAAUUUUGGAGAUUUAGUUAAAUCUAUAACUAAUAUUUGUCCACUUAAUUGUGAUUAAUGCAUAAGUAAUAAUGAAUGUACAAAAUGUUUGGAUGGAUAUUAAAUCUAACAUGAUUAAUUAAAUGGGGGAUUAUAUUGUUAAAAGUUUGUUGAUUCUAUUUGUUAUGAAUUUGCAGCAAAUCAAUGUAUUUUAUGUCCUUAUUAGCUUUAUCCUUAUUAAUAAGGUUGUAUAGAAGAUUAUUUCUAAUAAUAUUCAUUAGUUGUUAAUGAAUUUACAAUAUUUGCAUAAACUAAACCUUCUUUAGGUGUAUUUAGUGAUGGUUCAAUUAUUUUAGUUUGGAAUAGCGAUUAUUAAGAUGGAUUUAAUUGGGGUAUUUAUGGUUAGAUACUAGAUAGUCAGAGAUAAAAAAUAGGAAAUAAUUUUUAAGUGAGUAAAACUACACAAGGAAACUAACAUUCUCCUUAUUUGUAAAUAUUAAAUGAUGAUACUGCUAUUAUUUUAUAUAUUGAGGGUAAUCCAGAAAAAGGAGCUUUACUUAAGGUUGCUAGAUUUAAUAAAGAUUAAUAAAGAAUAGAUGAUGACUUAGAUAUUGAUUACAUUAAAUUUGAUAUGUUUAAUAUCAAAAAUGAUUACAUUGCUAAAGUGUUAAAAUUAAAAAAUGGAGGAUAUGUGAUUGGAUAUAUAUCAAUUAUUGGAGAACCUUAAGAAAAAGUAUUAAAAUUAAGGUUCUAUAAUUCUGACAAUUAAAUAGUAAAUACAUAAGAGAUUCAUGGUUAUUUUUUAUAAAAUAUCCUGAUUUCAUCAACUGAUCAGAGAGUAGCAAUUUUAUUUCUUAGAUAAAUAUUUAUUUAUUCAUUAGAUGGUACAUAAAUUAUGACAUAAGAUUUAACAUAAUUUGAUUCUAUGUCUAUAACUUAAUUUUACUUAGGUAGUACCUCUUAAUAUUUUGUCAUUGUAUUUGUUAUGGAAUUAGAUAAUAUUAUAUCAAUAAAUGCUCAAUUUUAUGAUGAAAACAUUGUAUCUUAUGGAAAUCAAAUAUUGGUAUAAGAAAGCUAAUAAUACUAAUUUAUUGACAAUAUUUUCACCUGGGUUUAGUUCAUUUAAAUUGAUUAAUACAAUGGAGGACUUACCUUGUUGAUUGAAUUUAGAAAAAAUGGUGUUGCAGGAAUAUAAGAACUGUAUUAUAUUAAUUCUAAUAUGGAAUUUAAAUUGAUGAAUAAAUUCAAUAUCUAACCAAAAUUUCAAGAACCUAAUUAUAAUUCUAUAAAAAUGGUUGAAUCAUUAGAUUAGUCAUUUUUUGUAGUUUGGUCUAAUUAUUAACAUUACGAUACUUACGAUAAUUCAAAUAUUCAUAUUUAAAAAGUAACUGCUUAAGGUGAAUUUAUAAAUCAAAUGACAUUAAAUUGUAGGUAUGGUUGUAUUAAGUGUGAAAAUCAAAAUCAAUGUACCUAAUGUCUAAAUGAAAUUUAACUAAUUGAUGGAAGAUGUUCUUUAAUUUGUUAGUAAAAUUGUAGCUUUUGUAUCCUCCCCUCAGUUUGUACUUAAUGUAAUGAUGGAUAUUAUGAAGAAUAGUAAGGAAUUUGUGCUCCUCUAAAACCAGACUAUCAUUAACCUUAACCUUUAAUUGAUGAAGAUAUUUAGGGGAAUGUUUAGGAACUAAUAAGGUCAAAUGAUGGAACUAUAUGUGUGUUAUCUACAGGUAUUUCAAUAAUAACUAAUAUUCCUUUUUGGAAUUUUUAUAUAAUUUAAGAAUAAUAAAUGACUAAGAAGGUAUCAAUAGAGAAAUAAAAUGGAUUUAAGAUUAAAUCACCUUAUUAUAUUCAUAAAAUUGAAUAAGAUUAUUUAAUUGUCUAUAAUGAAUAAUAAUCAAUGGGCAUUAUAAGAAUUAAUUAAGAUUAAUAAAUUAUCAUUGAUAAAGUUAUUAGUUUUUAGGAAAUCUUUGUUGAAUAAUAUAUAUAUUCAUAUCAAGUAUUUUUGUAACCAUUAGUGGGUAACUAGUACUCUCUAACGUAUUAUAAAUUCUCAUAUGAUUAAUCAAUAAUGAUAUAUAAAAUAAAUUUGGAUUCUGAAUUAAAUUUUAUUGGAUAACCAUAACUUUUAUUUGAAUUAAGAGAUGUAUACCUGAAAUAUGAUAAAUUAUAUUCUAGAGAUAAAACUGCUAUUUUGAAUGGAGAUUAAUUAAUUUGGAAGAAUUGCAUAUAUUCUUAAUUAUUAAAGUAAACCUCUUGUGAAAUAUUUGAUUUACAAAAUGGAAAUCAAAUUUAAAUUUUGGUAGAUUCAACUUAUUAAUAUGAUGCUGUUUUGAAAGGAAUAAAAUCUAUUUAUUAUAGAGUAUUAAAUAGUGAAUUUAUACCUAUUACAUAAGAAUUGAGAGUAAUAGAAGGUAAAUUAUAACAAGAAGAAUUUAUGAAAAUUGUAACAUUUGAAAAUACAUUUGCAAUAAUUGUAAAAUCAUUAAAUAAUUACGAAAAUUAAAAGUUUUAAUUGAUUGUUUAAUAUUUUGAAAAUUCAGGUGCUAAAUUAGGUACACAAAUAUAUAUAGGUUUAUAUUAUUUACAAAACUUUGUAAAGAUUAUUUAAUCUGAAAAUGGUUUUAAAGUAUUUUGGUAGAUAUCAUUAUGUACAGAUGCAAUAUGUUAAAGUUUUAUCAGGAAAAUAUAAUAUAAAGAAUAUGAUGAUCAAGGAAAUGAAAUUACUAAUAGUUAAUAAAUAAAUUGUAUUUAAAAUUGUGAUGAAUGUAUAAACUCAAGUUAUUGUACAAAAUGUAGUAUAAAUUACUUAUUAGAUACUAAUUCAUAAUGUAUUUUAGAAUGUCCAUAAAAUUGUAUAGAUUGUUCAAUAAUCUCAUAAUGUAAUAUUUGUUAAGAUGGAUAUGAAUUAGUUAAUAAUUAAUGUAUUAAAUUAAUUUGUCCAAAUAAUUGUGAUUUAUGUUCAAAGAUAUCAGAUUAAAUAGUUUGUAAUAAAUGUUAAAGCAAUUAUUAAUUAAAUUAAUAAUAAUGUUAACCAAUGUGUGCAUCAACUUGUAGAACAUGUGAUUUACCAUUUAUUUGUACAAGUUGUCCAUAAGGAUUUAUAUUAACACCAGAUGCUAUAUGUAAAUUUGAAGAUGAAUCUAUUAUUGACCAAGUCAAAAAUACAAUUGUUAGUACACCUUUAAGAUAUACAUUCCCAGAUUAAUCUUAUGUAUAAGUAUGGUAUUAAAAUGGUGAAUAAGCAGGAGUAUAUUUCUAAUUAUAUACACCUGAUAAUAUUAAAAUAGGAGAAGAAAUUAUAGUAUCAGAUUUAAAUAGAAGAUUAUUAGUAGAUAAUUAAAUAAAGAAAGAAUAUUAUGCUCAUUUAGCAGCUGUUGAUUAUAACUUUUAUAUUAUUUGGGCUGAUUCUACUACUGAUUAAACUAAUUUCUUAUUACAAGAAUUUGAUUCAAAUGGUUCUAAAUUGACAUCUCCUUAAUCUAUAGGUGUAUCUAAUAAUAAUGUUUUAUCAUAAAUUAAUAAACCAUGUGAAUUAUUAACUUUAUCCAAUUAAAAUAUUUUUGUAUCCUUUAUGACUCAAAAUACUGAAAUUUAAUCAAAUUACAACUUUAAAUAUUAAAUAUUUGAUCCUAAUCUUUAAAGUAUCAAUGAAAUUUAAGAGAUUCCUAAUAUAAGUUAUUUAACAAGUCCAUCAAUCAUAGAGGAUGAUUAAGGAAUGAUAUAUAUCAGUUAUACAAGUGAUGGUUAUGUAUUUGUUUAAUAGAUUACAUAAUUUGGUAAUCCAAUUAAUUCACCAUAAGCUAUUAGUGAUGAUGGAACAUUUACAAUAAAAACAGCUUAUCUAAAAAAUUAAAUGUUUGUAUUUUUAUGGGAAAACAAGAAUAUUUAAACUUUCAAAGCUAUGUUCAGUCUUAACUAUUAAUUAAUUUCUAAAGAUUUAUCUUCAAGAAGUGAAGUUAAAGGAAUAGGUAUAUCUUAAGUUUAAGAAUAAACACCAGAUUUAAAAUUAUUCAAUGAUGGAUUUUUAGUUGUAUGGAGAACUACAGAUUCAUAAUAUUAACCAAAUGGAAUACAAUUUUAAAUAUUUGAUUCUUUAGGUGUUUAAUAAAGUGAAAUUAUUAAUGUAGCCAUUUCAGGAAAGUAUCCAUAAAAUCCAAAUAUCUAAAUAAUUAAUGAUGAUUAAUUUGCUAUUACAUAUAUUUCAAAAGGUAUAGAUGUAGAUGGAUCUAUUUUGGGAGAUAGUAUACAAAUUAAAUAUUAUAAUAAAUAAGGACAAGAGUACUUUAUAACUACUCCAUAAUUAUGUGGAAAAGAAUGUAAUAUAUGUUAAUCUCCAUUGAAUUGUUAUAGAUGUUCGUAUGGUUAUUAUCUAUCUUAGGAUAGUUAAUGUAUAAUGGAUUGUGGACUUUAUUGUAAUUAAUGUUAAGAACCAUUUGUUUGUUAAUCUUGUGUGAGUGGUUAUUCAUUAAAUUCAAAUAAUUCUUGUAAUUAAGUUGAAUGUCCUGAAGGAUAUUAAAGAAAUUAAAAGACUAAAUUAUGUGAUCCUGAAUGUCCAAAUGAAUGUAUAUGCAAACUUCCAAAUAUAUGCAGUUCUUGUAUAGCUGGUUAUUAUUUAAAGGAUAGUUAAUGUCAUUUAACAUCUAAUUUUUUAAAUGAAAGUCCAAUUUCCAAUCCUUAUGUUUUCUAUGCAUUAAUUGUAGUAUGCAUAAUAUUAUUAAUAACUUGGAUUUGUUGUUAUAAAUGUUUUAGUCAUUAUAGAUUGAAAGAUAAAGUUCAAUUUGUUUCUGAUGUAAAUAAUUAAGUCAAUGAACACAUUUAUAGAUAAAAAUCAUCAGUUGAAGAUCGUGAAUAAGUUAAUUAAGAUGAUGAAAUAUUGAUAAACAAUUAAAUAAAAUAAGAGAAUAUAGAUAAUAAUCCUAUUAAUAAUUAGGAUAUAAAUGAUCAUGUUUUUAAGAUUCCAAAUACUUAGAAUAGAAUUAGCGAUAAUCAAUAAUUAGAUAAUUCAAAAUAAUCAAAUUAAGAAGUUAUUAUUAAAAAAUAAUAUCUAUCCAUUUUCAACAAAGAUAAUGAAUGA